AUGGAUUCAGCGAAGCCUCAGUGGAACUGGCCAUCUGAUGUUCCGAAUGACCCAGACCACUCUCAGGCUGCCGAAGCCGAAACACCACAUUUCAGCCAGCAUGAGACCCAUAACCAGGACGAGAAACAUCAGCAUCAGGGACAACCUCAACCUGAGGCUCCUCCAAGGCAACGUUAUUACGGCCCGCGGACAUGCCGCAUCUGCUUCGAGGUGGUUCAUCCUACCUUUGAGGAACCGACGGCCAUGGGUGGGUUCAUGGGCCAGCCUCCACGACCGAUCUAUAAGUCCGAUGACCCCGAGUCCGGGCGCCUCAUCUCACCAUGCAAGUGCAAGGGGUCUCAACGCUACGUUCACGAGGGCUGUUUACAAGCCUGGAGAUAUGCCGAUGCAACGGCCACACGGAACUUCUUCGCAUGUCCUACCUGCGGCUACCGGUACACACUCGAGCGACUGUCUUGGGCACACCGCUUGCAAAGCACCUUUGCGCAAAUCUUACUGACCAUUCUCAUUUUCGUUGUCUCGGUGUUCAUCCUCGGCUUUAUCGCCGACCCGAUUUUGAACAUCUGGUCUGAUCCUAUAGGCGCAAUUGCGGAUGUGGCCGCAAAUGUACUCGAAGACAUUGAGGCCCUCCAAGAACCCGCUCCGGAGAUACACGAAGAGCCUGGAACAUGGCUAGAACAUUUUCUCAAGGGUUUCUUGUCCCUCGGUCUGCUUGGAUUCCUCAAGACCAUCCUUGUCAUGACACCAUGGCAGUGGUGGCAGCUUCGGUCCAGCGGUUUCCUUGGUACGACUGGCCGACGGGGCGGAACAGGACGUGCGCGUGUCGAGAACAUGAACAUGGCUCUCGUUUUCUUGGGUGCAGCAACCUUCAUGUGGGGCGUUUGGAAAGGUGUGAGGAAGUUCAGUGCCUCUACUCUGCAACGUGCGAGCGAUAGAGUGUUCGAUGUCGGUUGUGAUGACGAGGACGAAGAUGAAGAUAUCAAGGAAGACUAA